AUGGCUCCGGCGGCGCUUCACCGGCGCCCUGCCGGUCGCGGCGCGGGAGGAAAGCAGGCGCGCGGCGGGAAGGACUUGAAGCUGAAGAAAGGGAAAGGCUCCUCGGCCGCAGGUCGGUCGAAAGGCAAAAAAGGAGCUGUGGAGGGAGGCAAGCGCUUCAGCGUGAAGAAGAAGGGAAAGAAGAGUCGACCACACGCCUCGGGCCAGAAGAAGGCGGAGCAGAAACAAAAACACGCAAAGAGCGCCGGCAGCGGCCGCGUCGCAGGCCGCAAAGAAGCUGGCGAGAAGAAAAGGCCGCAGGCGAACCGCACAUCUGCUGGAGACGAGCUCGAGGAGUGGGAUUUUCGGGAAGGACGUGGAAAGGAAAAGAAGGCCUUUCCCCAGAAGAAGAGAGCCUCUUCCGACAAACGGCGAAGCGCCUCCGCGUCGGGCGAGAAGCCCGCGAAGGAGCGGAAGCCGAGAGCUGGAGAGAAGCCGGCGAAGAAGAAAAAAUCUUUCGAAGAGCAACUUCGCGAGUACCUGGAUGAACAAGCAGGGCGGACUGGGAAGCGCGCGGGAGACGCGCAAGAGACCAGCCCGGCGCCUCGCUCCGAGAAAGAAGUGCAAACAGCGUCUGCAGAGAAGGGAGGCGGCGUCGAGACGGAGACGCAGGACGCCAGCUCAGCUGUCGACUCGCUCUCUGUGAGCAAGAAACGGAAACUGAUGAAUGAAAUGAAACUCAGCCACCGCAACGAGGACGCAGGGUACAUCAAGCAGUGCUUCCGACUGUACGGCCAGCUUCUGGCGACACGCCCCGAACAACAGAAUGCUGGGACGCCGCAGGUCGCCGAGAGAGUAAAAGACCUCCUCGAGUUCAUCCUCCCAAGAGUCAAAGAGGGGGAUCGCCACCUGUGCACCUCGCGAGCUCUCCAAGCCUUGCUCAAGUUUGGCAGCAAGGAACAGCGCCUGCAGCUCUGGGCGAUUCUUAAAGACGAUUUUGCGGAGCUGUGCUUGGGGAAGACGGUGUGCCAGGUGGCCAUGAAGUUUUAUCUCUACGGCGACAAGGAAACACAGGAAGAAAUCACUCAACUUCUCUCGAGAAACAAGGAUAUCUUCUUCUCCAAGUUUGGAUCCCGCGUAUGGGAAUAUGUGUAUACGGGCACGAAAUCGGCUAAAGGCCAGCAGCAGAUGCUCAACGCUGUCAUGCUGCCUCCGCUGGCCAUGGUGAGGCACCCAGACUACCAAGAGGCGCCGACCUUCUUCGAGCUCUUUGAGAAAUUUGACGUCGAGACGCGAAAGCUCACCAUGGAGCACAUUGCUUCUCUGCUUCAAAAGUUCGUCGACAAGGAGCUUCUGGACAAGGCGCCAGUGCACCGCAUGCUGAAGAUCUUCACUCGGCUCGCAAAUGAAGAACAACUGAAUGCUGUACUUCAAAUGACUCUGGAGGGGUUCCUGCGUCUUGCCGCUACAAAAGACGGAGUAGACGCGAUGGUUCGCCUUCUUGGGUACGCGACUGCGAAACAGAGAAAGAGUGUCGUGAAGGAGAUGAAGAAGGUCAUGGUGUCGAUGACAACAAAUCCUGUCGAUUACCUGCUUGUUCUUCGCCUUCUCUGCACUGUAGAUGACACAAAGCUUCUGCGAGACGUCCUCAUUAAGGAACUCACGAAGGAAAUUGGAACCAUCGCCUUCGAUCCGCAAGGCUACUUCGUUCUCCUCCAGCUUCUGGACACGUCUUCUGAGCCCUGCAAACACUUGCCUCUUCACACCCGCCAGAUGCUCCAGCUACCGUCUCCUACUAGUCUGAAGCCAUUUGACGUGCGAGUCGGUGAACUUCGGGCUCCUAUCGUGGAGGCCCUCGAGAAAGAACUGGAGGAGGCAGCAGAACGGCCUUCCACUGCUUCUCUCUGUUCGCCUCCGAAAAAAAUGAGGAAGAACCACCUGGGGAUGAAGGCGAGUGCGGAGGCCGAGCCCUCAGAGGGCGAGGGACAGCAAGAAGGCGACAACGGAGCAGAGGAAACAGAGAAAACAAAAGGCGCUUUCAAGGACUGGCUCGAGAACCAGUAUGCUUCGCGGGUCUUCGUCGAGUUCCUCAAGGUUACAAAAAGCCCUAAGAUCCUUGAGUUGCUUAUAGGGGAACUCGGCAACGAUGAAAAGUCGCUCCGCGGCUUCGUUGAUCACCCGCAUACGCAGCGGUUGUUAUCGAGCCUUGUGAAGCAAGCAGAUGAGACAUGGGAAGUCGCAGGAAGCCCAGAGCGUUCAACUGAACACAGCGACGGAAAUUCGAGACCGUCCUUCAUCGGGUCCCUAUGGCUUGUCUUGGCUCCUCGCCUGUCCGCCGUUUUGGCCUCUCGAGGCGUGUUCCUUGCAACGGAUAUUCUCCAAGCGUCCAGGCGGCUGCAUGCAAAAGCCCUUGAGAAGCAGAUUGUACAAGCACUCGAAGGAGACGCACUACAACAAGCACGAAAAACCGUUCAGGCAGAGGGUUUGUCGACUGCAGGAUUAGAUAUGCUCUCGUCCAAGCUCAAGGAAAAUUAA